AUGGACGGCGAGCGCACCGUCGUUGACGUCGCGAUCGAAGAUCCGAGAUUCGCGACGCUCGUCACCGCGGUGGUGGCGGUGCCCGAAGUUCUGGAUACGCUCGAGACGCCGGGGCCUUGGACCGUCUUCGCGCCGAGCAACGAGGCCAUCGCGACGUUUUUGGCCGAAAACGGAUUGACCGCCGAACAACUCUUGGCUUCGCCUGGUUUGGGUGAUGUGUUGAAGAAGCACGUCGUCGCGAGCAAACUUCUCGCCGCGGACGCGGUGAACGCCGUGAGCGCUGGACCGAUUACGCUGACGACGUUGAACGGCGACGUCGACGCGCGCAUGGUCGACGGAACGCUGUACGUCGGUGGCGCGGCCGUCGUCCAGGUGGACAUCAUGGCGGACAACGGCGUCGUACACGUGAUCGAUCGCGUGAUUCAAUGA